AUGACAAAAGCUAAAGAAAUUAUCCCACUCCACCUCCUCCAAACGGGUUGGACGUAUUGGUUUGACCCGGGGACAAACCAAGUCUUUUCGACAUCAGGAGUCACCGCGACUCCUAUAUUUAAUGUCCAUUCAGUUGAAGAGUUCUGGGGGCUUUACGACAGCCUUGAAAAACAAACAACUCUUCCAAAGGGUAUCGACUCCUUUUUCUUUAGAAAAGAUGUCGAGCCAAAAACGACUGAAAAUGGCGGCAAACUUGUAUUUAAUAUGCCAGUGAAUACACCCGAAAAAGCAGAGGUUGCAGAGGACGUGUGGCUUCGGUUGAUGUUAACGUGCAUAGGCGAGACUUUCGAACACCGCGAGAAGAUCAACGGCGUAUCCUUUUCUCUUCGAAGCUUUGCAAAAAUAUUUGUGUGGAUGUCAACAGACAGCGAGAGCGAGCUGAGAGAGAUUGUCGGCUUUGUCAAAAACACACUCGACCUCCCAAGAGAUAUCGAUUUCCACUUCUUCGCACACAAGGGCGGAAGUGUCAUUAUCAAGGAAUUAAAUUGA